AUGGAGUAUGGGCCAUGUGGCUCUGGAAAUGGAGUGAGUACAUGGUCCUUGCCUGCCCAUCAGGAGCUCUCCUCCACCUUGGAUGGCCUUGCUGUGUUGGGAUUUUCUUGGACUAUGAAGCAGCUCAUAGUAAGUGCUCCCUUAUACAUACUGUCACCAUUAUUAGUAUCCAUAUUUCUCUUCAGUUGCAGUAGAGGUGAUGGAACCAAUGACAACACCCAGGGAAAUUUCAUCCUUUUGUGGUAUUCUGAUCGUCCCCACCUGGAGAGAAUCCACUUUGUGGUCAUCUCGAUUGCAUAUCUCCUGACACUUGUGGGCAAUACUACCAUAAUCCUGGUGUUCCGGCUGGACUUCCACCUCCACACUCCCAUAUACUUCUUUCUCAUGCACCUCUACUUCCUGGACCUCAGUUUUAGCACCAGCUCCAUCCCCCAGCUUCUCUGUAACCUGAGUGGAGGUGACAAGACCAUCAGCUACACUGGCUGUGCUGUCCAGCUCUUCCUAUUCCUGGGUCUGGGUGGUGUGGAGUGUCUGCUCCUGGCAGUCAUGUCAUAAGACUGCUUUGUUGCAGUCUGCAAUCCCCUUCACUCCAUGGUGAUCAUGAAUCCAUGCCUCUGCAUGGCCUUGGUGUUGGUGGCUUGGGGCUGUGGGAUGGCCAACUCCUUGGCCAUGUCCCCAGUUACCUUGCUCUUACCACAUUGUGGGAACCACCAUGUGGACCACUUCCUGUGUGAGAUGCCCGCCCUGAUCAGGAUGGCCUGUGUCAAUACAGCUGCUAUUGAGGGCACUGCCUUUGUCCUGGCAGUGGGCAUUGUGCUGUCACCUCUGGUACUUAUCCUGGUCUCCUAUGGCUACAUUAUGAGGGCAGUGUUACAAAUUCAGUCAGUGUCAGGGAGGCAAAAGGCUUUCAACACCUGUGGCUCCCAUCUCACGGUGACCUCACUUUCCUAUGGAGACAUCAUGUACACGUGCAGGCAACCUGGGAACAGCUCUUCCCAAGACCAGGGCAAGUUCCUCACCCUCUUCUACAACAUUAUCAUGCCUCUCCUGAUCUCCCUGAUCUACACCCUCAGAAACAAAGAGGCGAAUGGGGCACUGAGGAGGCUGAUGCUGGGUGACAGAGAGGUAGGAAAGAAGUAA